UUAGACUGUAGGGUUUGCGUUUGAGCAUGUGCAGACAGUGCUAAGCGCAGUGUGGCUCUUGGUGUCCACUCAGUUUUGACUAGCCAGGAUUUAGGUUUUCCUGCUGGUUUAGGGACACGGCUGGCAAGCUCAAAGAGAGGCGACGAGACCCUGCCUCCAGACGCACGGCUUCGAGGAGAGCCAGGCUCCAGGGGACUCGCAGUCUAAGGCAGAAGAUUUCCCUGUCCUGAAAAAAACUCUUCUGAAGACUUCCAGGACCCUCUUCCUGAGGUGAGAAGGAAGAGUCCUUCCACAGAGAGAGCUGAAGAUGGCUCAAGACCAGCCUUUGCUGGCCAUGCAGGAGGUCCUGAGGAAGUGCUUCCCCGUGGUGGAGCAGCAGCAGGGCCUAUGGCAGAGCACUCUGCAGGACUGCUCGCCCCUCCUCUCCUCUCUCAGCAACUUGGCAGAGCAGCUCCAGGCUGCACAGAACGUGCGCUUCGAGGAUGUUCCUGCCCUUCGUCCCUUCCCGGACUUACAGGAGCGGCUGAGGCGCAAGCAACUGGAGGCUGGCGACAUCGCCCUGGACAAGCUAGCUGACAGGCUAGCCACCCUCCUCAGGGUUCGUGACACCGUCAGCAGCCAUGUGGAGCGGGUGUUUCAGACCUACGAGCAGCACUCGGCUGCGCUUGACAUGGACGCUGUCCUGCGGCCCUCGGUUGUGAGCCCCUCUGUGGCUGACAUGUUGGAGUGGCUGCAAGACAUCGACAGACAUUAUCGAAGCUCGUACCUGAAGAGAAAGUACCUCCUCUCCUCCAUCCACUGGGGAGACUUGGCCAGCAUCCAAGCACUGCCUAAGGCCUGGGAACAAAUUUCAGAAGACGAAUGCCAAAGCUUUGUGCCAGAUAUCUUGGUGAGCGUCUCCUUCUUCCUGGAGGAGCCAGGAAGCUGCACAGUGACUGGAGAUGUGGAGCCCCGCAGCUGAGUGCUGCUGUUGCCGCCCUCGGCUGUCUCCAAGUGAGCAUCAGCACUGCAGCCCGACGCUCUGAAAUACCAGUGCCGACGGUAGAGGUGCCUACGGCUUCUCCGUGCUAGGCCAAGGGCCCAUGGCCACUGUACUGCAGCUCUGGGAAGUGGAUAGGGGCAGAGGGAAAGGAAAGGCAGCACUGAUGAACAGUGUCCAUCUCCAUCAUUAGGCUUGAAGCGGCAAGGAAGGAAAGAACCAGGAGCUGAAGAUCCAUGGCUGUCCCUGCCUCUGUGUCAGCUGAAGUACUUUAGUUGGCUCAGGUCCUGGUUAUGUGUAUCUGAGUCCUCAGUGGUUUAAAUCUGAGUGGGUCUGGGAGUGCAGGGCAGUAGCAGUGUGUUUGUGGCACAUGAAGACCUGGAUUCAAUCUCUUGCACACCCAAAGAAGGGAGGAACUGAAGGAAAGGGAGCAUUUAAAAUGUUUACCAUUUCCAGAACUAGCCACCAGGGGGAGCCGGUGCAACGUGAGCCGUUCUGAAGGCUUUGUCCUUGAGAGGUCCCUGUUGCUGAGGGCCAGGACUAUCCCACCUGCCCCUAGAGAGGCGAUCUCUGUGAUUUUUGAUCAUCCUGGAGUACAUAUAGCUCCAGACCAACCAAGGCUACAUACCGAGACUCUUGUCUCAGAAAAGGGAAAGAAAUACGUUAGCUGAGAAUAGUGACUCCCCAGGCUGGAGGCUCAGGUGACCUUUUAUUGGCUACAUUCUUCUGGGUUUGGAGUGAUUGGCCAGGUAGGAGAAUACGCCAGCUGUGAUCGUUAGUUUUAAUUGUUCGUUUGGAAGGGAGUCUCAAUGAGGACUGUUCUAGAUUUGGUUGGCCCGCAGGCAGGCCUGCGGGAUUUUCUUAAUUGAGGUGAAAAGAGCCAUCCUGAUGUAGGUGGCAUCGUUUCAUGGGCUGGGCCCUAGGUCACAUGAGGGAGAGCAGGCUGAGCACUACGCCAUUGCUCUUGACCGACCGUGGGUCUCAUGUGACCAGCUGCUUCAGGUGCUUGCCACCUUGACUUCCCCACAGCGAUGUACGGUCCCCUCAGAUUACGAGCCUAAUAAACCUUUCUCCUUUCAGUUGCAUAUGUCAGUGUGUUUAUCGUAGUGUUCUAGGGCUUCCUAAAGGAACAGCUGGUGGAAUGGAAGACUAUAUGGAGAGACUGGGGCUAGAGUGAGGGCAGUAAGCCUAAAGCAAAAGCUGCUGCUUCCCUAUGCAUUUAUGUGGACAGAAAGCGUGGUUCAGCCUUGGGAUGGGUCUCCCCGCCUCAAAUGAUCCAGUCAAGAAAACCCCUCCCAGGCAUGUGCAGUUGCUUGGGUGUUAGUUGAUUCCAGCUGUGGCCAAGAUUAGCCAUCACACACAGUGACAGGAAAUAAUCUUAGAGGCAGCCUUGAGUCAUCAUAGGUCAGAGCUUCAGUCACCCUCUGUGCAGUGGCCUCUUGCCUUGGGGUCCCAGCUUCCCUCUUGUAGAAGGCAAGGCUGGCAUGCACAGGACCGGACACAGAGCGUGGAAACAUAAACAAAGUGGCUUUGUUCUUACUACAUGUUUUUGUAUAUAAAGGGAAAAUAGGAAAAAAAUUAAACAACAGAAAAGUAAAAUGCAAAACCCACCCUAGAUGUUUUGAUCUAUAUCCCUUCACUGUUCUUAGCAAAUUUAAAAACAAAAACCCUGAUUCAAACUCAUUCUUGUUGCCUUUGUGGUUAGUGGAACAUCUGCAAAUAAGCCAGCAGACCUGUACCAGAUAGACUAUCCAACGUUUGUGAAUGUGUUGCUACCUUUUUUUAUGCAUGUUUGUGUCUAGGCAUGCAUGUUUGUGUAUGGGUGUGUGGGUGUGUAUGUGUGAAGACUCUAGGUGUCCUCCUUAGGAACACCAUCCUCCCCCUUUGAGACAGUCUCUCAUUGGUCUUGAGCUUACCAACUAAACUGUGUGGCCCGGCCAGUGAGCCGGGGAUCCUCCUCUCUGUGUCUCCCCAGGACUGGGAUUACAAACUAGCCACAAUGCCUAAUGAUCUUCCUCGGCCUCUCAAAUGUCAGGGCUACAGUUGAGUGCCACCAUGCCCACCAUUAGCAUGGAGUCUUGUGCUGGGCCCCGGGCACAGAGCUGGAAGAAAGUUACAGGAAGUAUUACAGUUCAGGCAGGCCUGGGGCCAGCUGAGGCCAGAAGAGGGCAGCAGGUCCCUGGAGCUUGGAGGUGGCUUGUCAGCACCGUGUGAAGUGAAUGUGCUGAGGAUAAUGCUCCUGUACACUGUGAAGAUUUGCCGCUCGAAGUGGUUUGGUAAAACACUUAUUAGCCGGUAGCCAGGCAGGAAGUAUAGACUGGGAGACCAGACUAAGAGAAUUCUGGGAAGAGGAAAGGCAGAGAGUCAGUCACCAGCCGGACACAGGAAGCAAGAUGAGAAUGCCUUACUGAGAAAAAGUACCAAGCCACAGGACUAAACGUAGAUAAGAAUUAUGGGUUAAUUUAAGUUGUAUGAGCUAGUUAAUAAUAAGCCUGAGCUAAUAUAUCAAACAGUUUAUAAUUAACAUAUGCCUCUGUGUUUCUUUGGGACUGGGCAGGACAGAAAUUUCCAUCAACAUGAAUGUGGUUCUUUAAGAGCAGCUAGGGCUGUCAAUCACUGAUCUCUGCAGCCCCAGGCCUGACAGUUUUGAAUCAGUGUUUCUCAAACUUAAAUGUGCAUAUAAAUGACCAGUCUCUUGUUAACAUUUAGACUCUUGCUCUUUACUCUCUGAUGAGGGCUCAGGUGAUGUUAGUGCUGGUGGUCCAGGAGUUGUAGAGAGUUGGAUUCAGAUGGCAAUGAAGUGACAAAAGGGUUACAGUUGACUUCAA